AUGCAGCUUUUUCUUAUCAACUUCAUCCUGAUCAUCUCCACCCUCUUCUGCUUCGUCCGUGCCGAUGCGAUUACAGAUGCAAUCCACAUCAAGGGCCUCGCUUCCAGUACCGCGGACACCAUUUUCGCUUCUCUGAAUGGCACAGCGUAUCUUAACACAUCGGAUCUGGUCUCUCAAGUCACCGCCGCUAUUCAAGGAGCUGAUUCGUUGAUGAUGUCCAAUAUCUCCUCUCCAGGCGUUGCAAACAUUACCUUCAAUGAAGCCUACUUCAACUACGUCGACUCAGUGCUCUAUCUCGCUGAUACCGUCCAACGUCGUGGUCGUCUCUUCCACUCUGAGCUGAACCAACCAGUCUACCAAGCCCUCCAGAGCCUGUCUUCUGCUGUUUCUAUGUAUGGUCACGACCUCACGUCACAAAACAUCAUCCAGCGCAACAGCACCAUCCGAACCUUGACAACGGGCAGUGCAAUUGUCAGAGCACAGAGCGCAUGGGCCAACAACCAGAACUACCCAGGAAAGAGGGAAGCUUUGGAGUGGACAAGCUAG